UUUGAUACAAGGUAUUUAGAAAUUCUUGUAUGGUAGAAUACCAACGUGGUCAUUUUUGCAGCGAAGCAGUGUUUGUGUGAAUAUUCCUAUUUUGUCCCAGCACUUUUUCAUCAGUAUUUGGUCAGCUGCACUAUCAAGGACAGGACUGUUCUUUACUGUGUUACUGCUACAAGGAUAUCAGAAGCACUGCCUUGCCUUGCCCGGCAACCUUAUCCAUCAUUAGAGACAGCAGCUACACUGUUUUCAACAUGAGAAGGAUGUAAAAUUCCUGCACGAGUUGCAGGUAUGUCGACGGCAGAGGUCUCGGAGACCCAGCGGCUUCGCCUCAAGCUGAAGGAGAAGGAGGAUGCCCUGGAGAAAGCUGCCCAGUACGGGCUGCAGCUGCUGGAGAGCCAGCACGAGCUGCAGAACCAGCUGGAGGAGCAGCGCGCUGAGAUGACCAACACCAUCGAGGCCCUGGAGCAGGAGAAGUACUCUCUGCAGAGAGAGGUGGAGCUGAAGAUCCGGAUGCUGGAGAGCAUGGGCUCUGAGUGCGACACCAUCAAACAGCAGCAGAAGCUUCUCUGGGAGCAGCAGGAGGCCAUGCAAGAGAGGAACCACGCCUGGGAGAUCAGUGACUUAAAGAAUAAGCUGGAGAAGAUGAAGGCUGAGCUGGACGAGGCCCGGCUGAGCGACAGGCAACUGAGACACAAGCUGGAGCUGCAGAGCGAGAUGCUGAGCAGCAAGAGCGAGGAGCUGCGCUCGCUGUCAGAGCGUGCCCACGAGACCAUGUCCGCCGAGGUGCUGGGGCUGCAGAUCGACAAGACAGAGCUGGAGGAGGCCAGGGAUCUGCUGCAGCACGAAAUCAAUGAGAUGAGAUACCGGCAGCAGCAGCUAGAGCUGACCAACACGAACCUGCAGCGGCAAGUGGAGCGGCUGAGUGAGGAGAAGGAGGAGAGGGAGAGGGAAGCUGUGUCCUACUUCAAUUCCCUGGAGAAAACUCGGGAAGCCUGCCAGGAUCUCCAGAUUCAACUGGACCAUGCUCUGCAGCAGGGCCAGGACCCAAACAGCAAGGGUAACUCUCUCUUCUCUGAGGUGGAAGAUCGCCGCGCGGAGAUGGAGAGGCAGUUGAUCAGCAUGAAGGUGCAGUACCAGUCCCUUCAGAAACAGCAUGUCUUCUCUAGACAGCAGCUGCACAGAAUGAAGGUACGGAUCUCUGCCUCUAAUCUAAUCUCUCUGGAUUAAUGUGAGUGCCUGAGAUUAACUGUAGUGGCUAGACAGUUAGUAGGGGAUUAUUUGCUG